CGCCGCGCGGAGCGGAUCGCGAUGGAGGACUGGCGCUGCCGGCGGCACCCGCCCCUGCCGGGCGGCGGCGUGUGCCCGCACUGCCUCCGCGACCGCCUCCUGCGCCUCUGCCCCGAGUGCACGUGCGCGCGGCCCUGCGCCUGCUCCUCCUCCGGCGCGUCCUCCCCGUCGUCCUCCUUGUCCCCCGGCGCCGGCCGGGCCCGCAGCAGCCUCGCCGAGCGGGUGCGCCGGGUCGCGCGCUCGCGCUCCGUCGUCGCCGCGCACGGCUGCGGCGCCGCCGACGACCGGGGGCGGUCCAGGUCCGGGGUCUGGGGCUGGGUGUCGUUCCGGAAGCCGCCGCAGCCGCUGACGCCGGACGCCGCCGCGGGGUGCAAGGACGUGGAGCAGGAGUACGACGACGCGGUGGCGCUGGCGCGGUCGAGGUCGGUGUCGGCGGAGCCCGCGCCAGCGGAGCCGAAGGCGGCGGGGCCGCCCAGGGCCGGGGGGUGGGGCAGGCUCAUCCCCGGGAGGAUCAAGGCGCUGCGGAGCCGGAAGUUCCGCGGCGAUUGGCGGGACAGCGCGAGGUGAAACCGAUCGCCAUUCGCCGGGUGCGCGAUUAGGUCGGGUGAGUUACGUUGUUCGUCCCUGAAUUAGGCGGCGGUGGCGGCGGCUGAUCGGUUGUUUCUUCGUCCUUCAAUUUUCUUGACUGUGCGGGCCCGAUGGCGCCGCGCUAAAUUGCUGAUCCAGACAUUGCUUUUUUUUUGUAUAAAUCAGUUGUUUUUGGUGCCGCAAGUUAUAAUCAGAGCAAAUGUAAAUA